AUGCGGGGCAAGAGUGGGCCCAGCCUGGAGCAAGGCCCCGUUCAGUACUGUGAGACCAGAGUUCCAGUCCCCAGCGGGGAGCUCACCGCCACGCGGCGCUCUAGGGCGUGGGCAGGUGGUGGCGGUGGUCCCUGCGCCGCAGACACCACGUGGAAGAAGGGGGCAGAGCUCCGCUGUGCCCCGCUGGGUCGGAGGCCCUGUGGACAGCAGAGUGGCCCUCACAUCCGUCCCAGCAGCUGCCCAUCUUGUCCCCCUCAGACCAGACCUGAGGACGGGAGCACAAACGUAGCAUUCCAGGCCCUGGGAGGCCCAGCGAGGGCCUGGGACGUGGGCACCUGGGACAUGGGCACCGGGCACGUGGGCACCGGGCACGUGGCCGGCGGCUUCCGGCCCUUGUUCUGGUGUGGCCAGCUGUCCCUCCAGGCCGAGGAGUGUCAGUGUGGCAGCCGCUCUGCUGAGCAGGAAAGGGGGGACCGGGGACAGUGUGUGACCCCCUCUCUCCCCGGCCACAGCAUCCACAACGGGGUGAUCGCCGUCUUCCAGCGCAGGGGGCUGCCCGACCAGGAGCUCUUCAGCCUCAACGAAGGUGUCCGGCAGCUGCUGAAGACGGAGCUCGGGCCCUUCUUCACGGAGUACCUGCAGAACCAGCUGCUGACUCAGGGCAUGGUGAUCCUCCGGGACAAGAUCCGCUUCUACGAGGGACAGAAGCUGCUGGACUCCCUGGCAGAGACCUGGGACUUCUUCUUCAGUGACGUGCUGCCCACGCUGCAGGCCAUCUUCUACCCAGUGCAGGGCAAGGAGCCCUCCGUGCGCCAGCUGGCCCUGCUGCUGUUCCGGAACACCAUCACUCUCAGCGUGAAGCUAGAGGACGCACUGGCCCGUGCCCAUGCCCGCGUGCCGCCCGCCAUUGUGCAGAUGCUGCUAGUGCUGCAGGGGGUGCACGAGCCCAGGGGCGUCACGGAGGACUACCUGCGUCUGGAGGCGCUGAUCCAGAAGGUGGUGUCACCAUACCUGGGCACCUGUGGCCUCUUCUCCAGCGAGGGCCCCUCCUCCCACUCCUGCAUCCUGGGUAGGGGUCACCUGGGCCCUGGGCUGGGGCUGGGGUGACCACUGCCCCCGUUC